AUGGCAACGGCAGAGCCAACCACUACGGCAGAACUGUCAGAACUAAAACAACAGCGAGCCUCGACGAAAGCGAGUAUUUCAAGAAUCAAGGCGUUCGUCAAAGGAAAGAGUAAUUCGCUCUCACAACCAGAACUGAAAUGUCGACUAGGUAUUUUAGAAUCAUAUUUUAAACAAAUCUUAGCUUUUCAGACGUUGAUCGAGAAAUUAGAUGCAACUGACUCAGCUAGAGAUGAAUUAGAAGACCUAUACGUUUCCACCAAAGUAUUAAUCAUGUCUCAACUGCAGGAAGAGGCCCACAAUGCAUCAGUGCUAGACGUAACAGCAAUGAUGCCCACCUCAAAUCGCGAAAUAUACCUCACAAAUAUUGAAAAAUUUAAUCACUUACUGAAUUGCCUUACUGGUCAAGCUCUAGAGACAGUACAGGCAUUUCCUAUUUCGAAUGAAAACUAUCCAAAGGCUCUGGAUAGGCUUAAAUCGCGCUAUGACAAUAAUAGCCUAAUCUUCGCCGAAAAUAUCGCGACACUAUUUGAUCUACCAGCAGUAUCGGGUCAGUCAAGCCAACAACUUCGUAGUCUGGUAAACAAUGCAUCCGCUUUGUAUGGUUCACUCUGUUCGCUAGGUACAGAGAAACAAAUAUGUGAGGCUCUACUUAUCUCGCUAAUCAUGCAAAAAACGGACGCAAUUACACGUAGGAAAUGGAAUGAAUCGCGUAACUUCGACACAUUACCCAGUUGGGAAGAUUGCUCAAAAUUAUUGGAUAGGCAUUGCCAGUUUCUCGAAUCACUCGACAGUGGAAACGGCAAUCAGUCAUCAUCACAACGUAAACCUAAUAAUCUUAACUCCAAGAGUAACAGACGCUCAAAACAAUACGCAUUUGUUGCAUCUACAUCCAGCAAUUCUUGCUCAUUUUGUUCUAGCAAUGAACACCUAAUACAGAAUUGUCAUCGUUUUAAGGCACUGGAGGUGGUUCAAAGGUUUGAAAAGGUGAAGAGCCUAAAACUCUGCAUAAACUGCUUAUCGCCACGCCAUCAUGUGGUUAAUUGCACAUCAACGUUUAAAUGUAAGGUUUGCGCAAAGCCACAUCACACUCUCUUGCAUCAUUCGCAAUUGCCAACGAAUAUUAAGAGCGCGGGAUCAUCACGACGCACAGAACACGCUGCUAUGCCCAACGACAACGUUGCCAGCCAUUCCCAUCUUAAUAUGUCAUCGGCCGAGCAAAUAAUUCUAGCUACUGCAUUGGUUUUAGUGAAGGAUUCAUCGGGAAGUUAUCAAGUGGGUAGAGCCUUGCUUGAUUCAUGCUCUCAGGUCAACUUCAUAACGGAGGAGUUUUCAAAGAAGCUUAGUUUAGCAAAACAUAAACAUCGGUUGCAUGUUUCCAGUAUUGGUAGUUCGUUGACCAACAUAAAGUAUCAGACGCUCACAUCAAUCAAAUCUCGUCAUUCAAAUCUUGAACUUGCUUUAAACUUUGGUAUUACGAAUCACAUCGCAUAUCAACCAAGUUCUGAAAUCGAUAUAUCGUCGUGGAAGGUUCCACCAAAUACACCUCUCGCCGAUGAGCAAUUCUUUAAAUCCAAGCGCGUUGAUCUCUUGCUUGGAGCUGAAAGAUGGAUUGUAUCUGGCAAGUACAAGGGUCAGCCAUUUGCAUCACCAGCAGCAAAAUGCCUAUUAUCAGUUGAAGAUACAGUCUCCGAUCAAUUAGAAAUGAUGUGGAAGAUAGAGGAAGUGCAACCGGCUUCAAAGUCAUGGUCACCAGCACAUGUUGCGUGUGAGUCAUUAUAUCGUGAAACGGUCCACCAAAAUGCGAUGGGAAGAAUUGUCGUUCGGUUACCAUUCAAAGAUUCGCCAGAUUGUCUUGGUUUGACACACAAUAUCGCCUUACGCCGUUUUUGUUCUGUAGAACGGCGAUUGUCAUCUAAUCGUGCACUGAAGCAAGACUAUCAAGAAUUCAUGAAACAAUAUCGAGAGCUCGGACACAUGACGCGUGUUGAGACUCCGAAACCCAACGAACCACAUUAUUAUAUCCCUCAUCACUGUGUUUUAAAACCGUCGAGCACUUCGACCAAGCUGAGGGUGGUUUUUGAUGCGUCAUGUCCAACAACUUCGCAACGUUCAUUAAAUGAUAUUCUACUGGUCGGCCCGACAAUUCAGCCGGAGUUAUAUUUGUUGCUACUUCAAUUUCGUUUGCACCGAUAUGCCUUGACGGCUGACAUUGUUAAGAUGUACCGACAGAUACUGAUAGAUGAACCAGAUCGAAAAUUCCAAUAUAUUUUUUGGCGAGAUACGGAGUCCGAUCCUGUUAGUACUUACGAGUUGAAUACAGUCACUUAUGGUACUGCAUCAGCACCUUUCCUAGCAACCAGGAGUUUGCAGUAUUUGGCGGACAAAUUUGAAACACAAUACCCAAUAGGCGCUGCACUCAUUAAAUCAUCGUUUUUUGUCGACGACUUCUUAGGUGGAGCAGAUUCCAUUGAUCAACUCACCAAUAUCAGACAUCAGUUAACGGCCAUUCUACAGAAGGGUUGCUUCGAUCUUGACAAAUGGCAUUCAAACCAUCAUGACUUCAUCAGCGAUACUACAACAAAGAGUUUGAAUCUUGAUACAGAUACCGUCACCAGCGCUCUAGGCAUCAAGUGGCACCAAAUGCAAGAUGUUUUCCUAUUUUCGUUCAAUGCGCAACCAGGUCAAAUUGUAACAAAACGCACCAUUUUAUCCCUUGCGUCUUCAUUAUUCGACCCGCUUGGAUUACUAGCACCGAUCAUACUCGUAGCAAAAAUUAUGAUGCAAGAAUUGUGGCUUUUGCGUGUGGACUGGGACGAGUCAGUCCCUCAAAAUCUUCACUCAGCUUGGAAAACAUUUAUUCAAGAUCUUACAACGCUUUCAUCGGUUAAGGUGCCGAGAUACUGCCUAUCCAUAAACUAUCAACAGGUUGAUGUACACGGUUUCUGUGACGCUUCAAUACGCGCAUAUGGUUGCUGUAUAUUUCUCCGAUCACAAAACACAUCAGAUUGUAUUACAUUGGUUGAAGCAGCACUCAUCAACCCUGUCUGCAUUCGUUGGCAAUCGAGUAGCGGAAAUUCAAGAUAUUACCGCAAAUGGGCAAUGGAGACACGUUCCUACCCAAUCCAACCCGGCAGAUGUUGUGUCGCGCGGCUGUAA